GCCGCAGUCUGAGGUGCCACACAUCGUGACCAUCGAGCUGCGACUACCCACGAUAACGUCCAGAUUGUCACAACUCUCAUCUGAUCCUUUCCACUCACCUUUAUACCAUCUAACGUGAUAGUCCAGGUGUUUAUAUUUGACGGACAUGUAUAACGGCUUCCAAGCUGAGACGUCUAACAACCCAUUCUUGAAUGAUGCUGCACCCGCACAUGCCCGCUUCCCCGAUAUCUCUGCAUCGACCCUUCCCUCGUCGCCGACGCCACCGCAGGUGGGCUACCAGUCCUAUGAUGCUGGUUAUCAGCAACAAUCCCAGUUCCAACAGCAACAAAUUCCACAGUUUCAAGGACAGACGCCCUAUAACCAACCACAGCAAUAUCAACAGAACCAGUAUGCGUCUACGUCUUACGGUUUGGGGCAACUCGGCCCACAGCCGACCGGCAUGCCUUUUCAACCGUCUAGUCCUUUUGGACAACAGCUAGCGCCUCAAAUAGACUUCCAUCAGCCUUACCAGCAAUACCCUAAUGGGUACCAGAACCAGUAUGCUCAGCAGCAGCAAUACGGAGGUUUCCAAGGUGGCUACCAGCCUCAGCAGCAACCCCCAACUUCAAGUUACCUCUCUGAGUUCGACCCAUACGCCGCCCCGCGUCCCUCGCCUUCACAUAAUAGGUCCCAGUCCCAGCCCACCAACCUUGCAAGCCAGAAUCCCGGCGGUGCGAUGCACCCUCGGGAUUAUAUCCGCCAGCAUAAAUCAGAAUUGGAGGCUUGGGAUCCUUAUACGUGGAAGCAGAUGUCCAACGCCUGUGAUGCACUCAGCGCAGCCUGGCUUGCACGCAAGCAAGAGGCAGAGAGGAUGGUGCAGCAGAUGGGUGGAAACAGCGAACCCGGUCUGUUUGACCCAACUGGCUAUCAGGCGUAUGGCAGUGAAGUUCAGAAGUGGAAGAAGAUCGUGAAAGAAGCUAACUCGAAUCAUGAUACCAUUGCAGCCUCUGCGUUCCAGCUGAAAGAGGUUCACUCCUCUUAUAGACAAUCAGGAGAUGCUGUGAGCAAGCGACGCGUGCGCGAGUCCUGCAAUGCUGCACUGACGAACUUGCCCGACUGGCCUGCACCAUUAAAUGCUAAUCAGCCUUGGUAGAUUUUCUCCACCUCACUAUGGAAUUAUCAAAGGGAUUUAUGUUUUGGAACAUUACGAUCAUUUACACAUCAUGCUGUUGUAUUUCUAAAUGUUGUAUAUCUUGAAGCUGCUAAGGUUGUUCAUACUUUAACGAUCUAUUCUGGCGAACGGUUCUUAGCCCAAAUACUGGGAACGUGAAAAUCUUGAUCCACUCCACAAAAUCUACAU